UUCACACUCUUGACAUAUGCGCGUUCCUGUCGAAGACAGAUACCGGGUAUAAAAGCAUGUGAAGUACAUGGUCGGUAUCAUACUCGUGCACACAUACACAGGUCUAUUUCUACACGAUGUCGUACGAUCUAGCUCCAACUUCAGUCGGUCUUCUAAUAGUGAUUGCUACUAUCACAUUCUAUUAUAUACGUAGCAGAACGGAAAGGAUUAUUGGCGACGCGAAAGAGAAAUAUGGACCACUCACUGAGCCCUGUUCCCCCGGGGACUACAUGUGGAAGCUAGAUACGGAAUACAAUAAGUGCAUGAUCAGUGCCGCAAUUUUAGUUCGUAAUGGGACUCUAGACGAUCUUAACGUUGCGACAGAGAAGCUGAUUCAAGACCCUUGGUUCCGACGAUUUACGGACCGCCUAGCUCUAUUUGAGAACCUACCUUUUUGGGUGAAGGAUACAGAUUUCAAGAAGGAAAAUCAUGUGCAUCGGGUCCUACUCGACGCCUCGCAAAGACCAACAAAUAGUGCUGAAUUGAAGGAAUGGAUUGGACGAUCAAUUGUUGCUGAUCUUCCCAUCGAUCGCCCGUUGUGGAAGAUGGUGAUACUUGAAAAUUAUGAGAAGUGCGAUGAUGGCUCCGGCGACACUAUGUCGUGCGUUCUUCUUAUGGCACAUCACAUUUUGGGUGAUGGCGUCGCAUUCAAUAACAUGAUGAUGACCAUGCUGGAGACUGAAUCGCAGGUGAAGGGUAUUAAAGUAGAAAAGCCAAAGCAGGUCACCCCAACCAAGCCACCUGCAAAGGCACGCCAGACACCCGCAUGGCUUACUUGGCUGUUUGUAGCUUUGUACACCGUACCAAUCAUGGGAAAGUUGAUCAUUUCAAAGAACGAUGUGAAUCCCUUCAAAACACAGAAUGUAAGCGGUAGAAAGGUCGUGGGUAUGCUGGACACUCCCAUCGAAUUAUCCAGAUUGAACGCUGUUCGAAGAAAGCUCGGUUUGUCUAUAAACGAUGUCUUCAUGGGCGUGAUCAGCUGUGCUCUCCAGCGCUUGUUCGCGCGAAUUGAGCCAGACAAUAAAGUAGAGUGUAUCAAAACCGCCAUGAUGGUCAACAUGCGGAGCAGUCCACACGCUAUAAAAAUGGAGAAUCAGUUUGCUACACCCGUGUUCGACAUGGAUGUCACCAACUCUGACCCGCUGGUGGCUUGCAAGCAGAUGGCGCCGGUGAUGGAGGGUAUAAAAACAAAGCCCAUCGCGAAAGUCUUUUUCACCAACGUCGCACUGGUAGCAAAUUUGUUCCCCUAUAUUUGUAAUCAAACUCUUCUCGACUACCUAGCCAGCAAAUCGUCCUGUGUAUUAAGCAAUGUGCCAGGCCCCUCAGAGCGUAUGUAUCUCAAUGGGAAGCUCGUGGAGAGAUUAGCAGCAUGGUCCCCACAACGGAAAAGUUGCUCAUUCGGUAUGACUAUGUACACUCUUGGUGGAAAG